CAGCAACCGGCGGUAAGUAAACGCGCAUCCUUCUAUCGGUAAAGAGGUCGCUAAAACAACGAUUGUAUCUAUUCACCUAUCUUGCAAUCUAUGCGAAUUUAUAUCUAUAAAGAGUAUAGCUAUGCACGAAUCUGGUUCAUUUUUCAUCAGACCGGAAUCUCGGAUACGAAAGUACCAACAUGGUAUAACACUCAGGAUGAAUACAAGCUUCUCGCAGUGGAUAAAAACGAACUUGGUAAACCACCCAGUGGUUGAGUAAGAACUUGGUAAAUCACCCAGCGCUUGAGUACGAACUUGGUAAACCACCUAGUGGUUGAGUACGAACUUGGUAAAUCACCCAGUGCUUGAGUACGAACUUGGUAAAUCACCCAGUGGAUGAAGACGAACUUGGUAAAUCUGUAAGUAGAUGAGUAGGCCUACGGAUUUUGUACAGUCUCAAUAGAUGAGUAUGAACUUGGUAAAUCACCCAGUUGAUGAGUACGAACUCGGUAAAUCACUCAGUGGAUGAGUAGAACUUGGUAAAUCACCCAGUGAAUGAGUACGGAUUUUGUACAUUUCUCAAUAGAUAAAUAUGAACUUGGUAAAUCGCCUAGUGGAUGAGUACGAACUUGGUAAACCACCCAGCGGAUGAGUACGAACUUGGUAAAUCUCCUAGCGGAUGAGUACGAACUUGGUAAAAUCGCCUAGUGGAUGAGUACGAACUAGGUAAAUCACCCAGUGGAUGAUUACGAACUAAAUCUCCCAGUAGAUGAGAAUGAACUUGGUGAAUCUCUCAGUGGAUGAGUCUUAUACCAUAGUCGAUAUUCUAGUCUGGCUUAAAUAUUUUAGUUCAUACCCGAGAUAAGUACGACUCUGGUCCUCCCACUUCCAUCUGAUGAAUACGACGUUGGUAAUCUGUAUGUGGAUGAAUAUUACUCUGGUGGUGUAUCUUUUAGAUAUGAGUAGUUCAUGAGUCUGCCUCUCAGUUAAUGAGUAGACCCAUGACCCUGGACAGUACAUCUAUUUUAGAGAAUGAGGACGAGCCUGUUUCGUCUUGAUAUUUGAGCAGUUGAUUACAAAUCUUUUAAUUCCAAUACAAAUAAAAUUAAUUUGUUUAAAAAGGGAAAUUUUGCGCCCAAAAGCGGAAUCAUUAACCAGACGCAAAUUAAGAUGAAGACGGGAUCCAGUAGAUGUUUAAAGCUGAUGUUCAUAUUUAUAUUCAUCGACAAAAGUAAGGCAGAACACAGAAACAUCAUUGACCAUAAAGAUGUCCGCGAUGUUUCCAUCACAAAUUCCCUGCCACAACCUAAUCCCUUAGUGAAUAUCAAAGAUACAGUGAUAAACAACCUUGAAACAGCUUCACUGCCAUCACCAACAUCUUCAGGACACAGCCAUAGACACCUAUCUAGAAACCGAACGGUAUUCUCACCCAGGGGCCCUGCCAACCGAUGGGAGAAGACCUUGAAUUUACAGACAACCAAAGCAUCUGAGUUGCAGAAUUCAACGUUAGUGGGAAUUUUGACUGGAGCAACAAUAGUGUUUAUGUUGGUCUGGUUGCCGUGCUAUCUGUACAGCGAGACUUGUUUAAGAGGAAGAUCAGACAAUGCCAGCCAAGGAUCUAGUGAGAAUUUAAGUGAGGAUUUAGAAGCAAUUGAUCAUCCGCCAUCUUACCACGAGGCAUUAUCUUCACGUACAGUUUCCACAUUCAGUUUUGCGGCACAAGAAGGGGAAGACCCGCCACCUUCGUAUGAUUCCCUCAAUGUUCUUAUUCAAAACCUCGACAAAACCGUGUGUCGCGUCACAUCGUCAACCUCUUACUACUCGUAUCAGCUGCCAUCACAAACCGCACGGGUUAGUUCCUCUCGCUCCUUUCACGGAACUUCCUCGCAAUUUGCGCCUUUCAGUAUAUACAAAGCACCAAAGAAAUUCUCUUCCGCAUAUUAUAAGAGGGACGCACCAGUUAGGUCGCUAUCAUUCAUGGAGCAACCAACACUUACAGAGAUACAUUCAGAGCAUGAUGCUGAUUCGAAUGAUUCAAAUGGGAGCUCAGAGAAUCCAGGAGGAACGACAAGUCUCUCAGAAAAUGUAAAAGAGCGUCUGCAAAGAGCAACAUCCAAAGAUGAAGAAAAGUUAAAUGGUUAUUCCAUGGACGUCUUCCAAAAUUUCCCGGACUACCCGCCGCCCACGUAUCGGGAAGAGUGUGGAAGUCCACCGUCUAGUGACUCGUCGUCAUUUCUAACUGUCAUUGAGGUUAAUAGUGAACCUGAUGAUAUACAAAGCUCGUCUGAUGUAGAAGUUAAUGAUGCACAUGUUGUGGUCAUGAACGUAUGAAUUAUGUAAUAAAAGGUUAGAAUAUCUAUGAAUUUGACAGUGACUCGACAGGCCUGCUAGUAAAUUACAUAGAAAUGGUAGAGAAAGAGAGAAAGUCUUAUGCUGAGUUGUAUUAACGACCUGCAAAAGAGGCCGUGGGUUGAGAGCUUAGAGAACAGACAACGAUGAACAGAUAACGAUGAAAGUUCUCAAAGAAGUCCUGACAGAGGAAUGUCGUAUGCUGAUUGAUUGAUUGAUUGAUUACUUGAUUGCUUGAUUGGUUAUUUGAUUGAUUGAUUAAGUGAGUUAGUAAUUGAUUGGAUUAA